AUGCAUAUCCGAAAGGCCACCAAGUAUCUGAAAGAUGUCACUUUGCAGAAGCAAUGGGUGCCAUUCCGACGCUACAAUGGUGGAGUUGGUAGGUGGGCCCAGGCCAAACAGUGGGGCUGGACACAGGGUCGGUGGCCCCAAAAGAGUGCCGAAUUUUUACUGCACAUGCUUAAAAAUGCAGAGAGCAAUGCUGAACGUAAGGGUUUAGAUGUAGAUUCUCUGGUCAUUGAGCACAUCCAGGUGAACAAAGCCCCCAAAAUGCGGCGUAGCACUUACAGGGCUCAUGGUCGGAUUAACCCAUACAUGAGCUUUCCCUGCCACAUUGAGAUGAUCCUUACUGAAAAAGAGCAGAUUGUUCCUAAACCAGAAGAGGAGGUUGCACAGAAGAAAAAGAUAUCCCAGAAGAAAGUGAAGAAACAAAAACUUAUGGCCCGGGAGUGAAUUCUGCAUGAAAUACAUGCAAAUAAAAGUAAAAACAG